AAAAGUCACGAAUUAAAAAACAAAAAUUCCCAUCGUCUUUAGCGGCGCGAAUCAAAUUACGUGGCAGUGAGAAAGGCAACGCACCGCAACUUCUACAAGGCAUAGAGAUGGAGGUGGUCGCUUUGGUCACGUUGACUUUGUUUUUGGGAGGCCUGGUGGCUUUCGUCGCGUUCGCCUUGGGGAAAAGGAAAGAAGAACUCCGAGAGGAGGCCGAGCAGACGAGCGAGUGCGCCGCUGAAGGCAGCACAGCAAAGGGUCCCGCGGCCAAGAAACACAAGCAGGAGAAGCAGCAGCGUGGCCGUAAAAAUAAAUCUUCACAACACAACUUCAGCCAUUCUCUGUUGGCCUCUUCGCUUAAGGGCCACAACGGGAAUGUGACGUGCCUGGAUUUCAGCAGCAACGGUAAGUACUUGGCAUCUUGUGCUGAUGACCGCACUGUGCGAUUAUGGAGCACCAAAGACUUCCUCGAGCGGGAGCACAAGUGUCAGAGGGCCAACGUGGAGCUGGACCAUGCAACCCUGGUGCGCUUCAGCCCGGACUCCAGGAUGUUUAUCACCUGGCUGGCUUACGCCGAUACGAUCCGUGUCUUCAAAAUGUGUAAAAAAGGCGACGCCACUAUGAGCUUCAAAGCGGCUGCCAAAGACUUCCCGGUCAAACACAAGGGCAGCAUCAUCAACAUCGGCAUUGCAGAUACCGGCAGGUUCAUCAUGAGCGCCUCCAAUGACACCAACAUCAACAUUUGGGAUCUGAAAGGCCAAAUACUGGCAUCUAUCAACACUAACCAGAUGACUAAUUCUUACGUUGCCGUCUCCCCAUGUGGCAGGUUUGUGGCAUCGUGCGGCUUCACCCCAGACGUCAAGGUGUGGGAGGUGUGCUUCUCAAAGACGGGCGAGUUCAAGGAGGUGGCACGAGCCUUUGAGCUGAAAGGCCACUCUGCGGGAGUGCACGCGUUUGGCUUUUCUAACGACUCUCACAAAAUGGUGACCGUGUCCAAAGACGGCACGUGGAAGUUGUGGAACACGAACGUAGAGUACAAAAAGCAGCAGGAUCCCUACCUGCUCAAGACCGUCCCCUGCUCAUCGUCCGACGGCAGCCUGGCGGCCCUGUCGCCCGACGGCCGAGUGGUGGCCAUCAGUGACGGCUGCAACGUGGCCUUGUACAACGCCUCCAGCGGCGAGCUCGAAGAGCAGCUGCUUGGCGUGCACAGCUUCGAGGUCACGGACCUCCGCUUCGACGUCACCGGGCGCUUUUUGGCGUGCAGCGGCGACAAGGCCAUCCGUGUGUUUCACAAUGCCCCCGGCUACCGGGCGGUCAUUAGGGACAUGCAGGACAUGCUGAAGAAGGCGCAGAAUGAGGGCAUGAAGCAGAGGCUGCAGCAGCAAAUCAGCGAUGCCCAGAAGGCCCUGCACGCUGCCACGCUGGCCGCUCCCGUCCAGUGAAAUCACCUCAACUAAGUGUGACGGCCUUUCCAUGGAGUUUUAUAAAAGAGAAUCUUUUUAUGCCAAGAUAAACAGUUGGUCUGUAUUUGCGCCUUUUCCUGUUAAAAAUGUUGUUCUCAAAGGUCUGUUUGUAAUUCAAGCUGUGAACAUGCAAGUUGAAUUUCUCGCAAUUUCUUUGAACCUUCUGUAUGCAGAAUGACUGAACUGAAGUAAUCCUUCGUUUAAAACUGAAUUGCAAGAGGAAAUAAAUGAAAUCUUAGCAGAUAAAUAAAAAAUCCAAAAUGAA